AUGGCCUUUGAAGACAAGCUUACUGCGAUCAUACAACAAGUUCCAACACUUCCGGACCAUCUACGACACCUUCCAUGGUGGAUCCUCUGGCGAAUAUGGAAAUGCAGAAACAAGAUGCUCUUCCAGAACCAAACUAUACAUUGGAGAUCAACGCUACAAGCAGCAUACUUUGAUACAAAAGAAUGGUUGGAAGCCUAUCAAUUCUUAGAUACUGAUAAUAACAGAAGGAGUCAAAACAGGAAUGUGGAAACACAGCAACACAAAUGGAUCCGACCACCAUCUGGAUAUACAAAAUGCAACUAUGAUGGAGCUUUUAGUAAUACAGAGAGAGGAGCGAAAGCAGGAUGGAUAAUAAGAGAUGAUAUGGGAAUAUUCAAAGGAGCAGCAAAUGCCACAAUACGUUAUCCUAAAACGGCUUUGGAAGGAGAACUACAAGCUCUGUUAUUUGCAAUAAUGAACUGCUGGAGUAAAGGACAUCACAAAAUUCUCUUUGAGGGAGACAAUAUCACUGUGUUGAAGCUGAUCAAAGGAGAAACUAUAAACAUUGAUGUCACCAACUGGAUCAAGGAUAUAAGAUGA